AUGGGUGUCCUAAGGAUCUUGUUUCUUCUCUGUUUGGCUGUAUUGGCGACGGCGUUUUCGCUGUCGGAUGUACCGUCAUGCGCAAUACCGUGUAUUCUCGAGACGAUGGACUCGGCGGGCGAAACGAAAGCGAAUAUCCGAUCGAUAUGCGAUGACCCGGCUUUCCAGACCGAUGUGUUGAACUGUGUUACUGGGUAUAACCGACAAGAGUAUCGAGCUGUCAUUACUGUGUUCGCGACUCUGUCGUUUUUCUUCGUUGCGUUAAGGGUCGCGUCGAAGAUCACCACCAAGAACACAUGGGGCGCCGAUGAUACCUGGGCAGUAGUCACUUUUUUCAUUCUCAUACCAUUCACGGUGUUCACCCUACUCGCAAUCCAACACGGCAUCGGACUUGCAACGCCGCUGUAUACCCAGAAUGAUCUGUCUCACGCCCUAAAGGAGGUAUUUAUCCUUCACCUUCUCUACGUGUGCGGUUUGACAGCCGCCAACACGUCGAUUCUUUUCUUUUAUCUCCGAAUAUUCUCAGGAACUUCGUUUAGAAUGCUUGUCUGGGCAACCCACGCCUUCAACGGGUUAUCGACUAUCAUCAUCAUAACUCUGAACCUGACGCUCGGACGGUCUGUGACAUAUCUGCUUGCAGAUACUGAAGACACGGUUUCCAACAUCGACAGGUUCUCAAACAGCCUCAAGAUUGUCAUGGCACAUUGCGUUGUCAACCUGGCUCUUGACAUUUGGAUGCUUAUCCUGCCAAUGACCCAGCUGUAUAACAUCGGGCUGAAGCUCAAUAAGAAGAUCAACGUGAUGGCUAUGUUUGGUCUUGGUAUAUUUCUUACGGUGGUCAGCUUGGUCCGUACGAUAUUCCAGUCACAGCUACUCGCUGACCCUGAAGAAGCGCAAACGGGCCAACAGCAAGUGGUUCUUUGGGCGUGCAUCGAAACAUACAUGGGUGCUAUAGUGGCCUGCGUACCUUCAACACGCCAGCUUGUUCGGAUGGCGAUUCACAAGCAGAAAGAAGGGCAGUCAGCAAAUAAGCCUAUCUUCAUCGAGAGGUCAUUGGCGCCCAUACCGGACGAAGAGGAUAUGCCCACGUUGAGUGACGUCGGAGGAUUGACGACUGUUACGAAAACAUUCAUCAUAGCUACACUAUGCAGCACCCUCGUCGGAACAUUCACUUCCUCAAUGGGUCUCUGGGACCGCGUCAAGGAAAAGCGCAAGCAAGCCAAGCGCGACACGACCCAAGACGAGGAGAUCAAAAAGCUCAAAGCCCAAGUUGAGCAAAACUCCCGCGCCCACGACGAAGUUGAAGCCUCCUUCCAGCGCUCCGGCGCCUUGAUCAACCGCGAAUUCGAAGACGGAUACCAACGCUACGGACAGCGCUUUGCGAUCGGAGAUGUCAUCACCGAGAAUAAACUCCAGGCACAGGUUAUCGCGCUGCAGCAGACUGUUAUUAAUGUUCUUCAGGAUGCGGUGUAUAAUGGACGCCAGCUUGAUAGGGCUGAUAUGGCGAGGUUGAUAGCGGCUAGUGAUGCGGCGAGGGAGGGAUCGCUUGGGGCGUUGAGACAGCAGAGGGAGAGACUUAUGGAUUUGGAGGAACCUCCGCUGCCAAAGGCCUUACCGCCGCCGAAACGGGCAUCGACUGUUAUUAAGGACGAUCCUCUGUAUUGUCGCUACGCUCUCGAUCUACAAUACAUACCCGAACGACCCCUCGCAUCGACAUUUGAACCCCGGGGUGAUUGUCGCUGUCCAGCAUGCGAUGUCUUCUUAGACGUUGAGGCAGACGACGCAUGGGCAAUUGGAAAAACAGCCACGCGCGUUAUCACAGAACAAGGAGGUUACAAGCGUGAAAUCGACGAAGAGCUCGAAUUCCACAUAAGUCCACGCUUCGUCAUAAAGUGCCACACCCCAGAAGGAGAAUUCGCGUGUGUUCUCUGCUCGCGCUUCCGCGACGGCGAUGUUUUAUGUCCCAGCGCUGAUACGCUAGUUAAUCACAUUGGACGGGAACAUACUGUCGCGGAGAUGGAGAGGGAGCCGGACUUUGAGGUUAGAUCGCUUGAUCUUGACAAGGUUAGGCCUAUAGAUAUGAACAAGAGGAUCAUGCCGGCGAAGAGUGUUGGGUCUGAUAGGAGGAGUUCGUCGGGGAGGAGUGUGCAUCACAUAUUCUAUCGAUUUUGCACUGGUUUGAUUGUGUGGAUAAGAGGUUGCGUGAUCAGGGACGUGGGGGACCUGCAGGACUGCAGCGCCGAUCUUGAGGCCCAACCGUAUGAGGGCAUUCAGGGAUCACCCCAUCACGCCUCACUCUUCGUAACGCGCGGUAUCCAUUCAUCCGAAACGGGCCACGCAUUCACCUUUGAAGCGAAGCCAUAG